AUGAUGCCUCAUGUUCAACGUGAUAUAUUGGCUUUGAUAAGGUUCCAGCAACAAGAGGACGUCCCAGAAAUCGUUUGUACGUUCAGCAGAACGUUUUUAAGAAACGUUCAACAAGAAAACCUCACUUUUGAAAAAGACGUUGAGGACCAAAGUUUAGAAAAGCUCCUCAGCGACACCGAAGAAGAAGGCUCAGAAGAUUACACUAGAAAGAAUUCUGUUGUAGACAUAGCUAAACUAGAACACAGCAAUAAAAACCACCAUUGGUUAAGUACCGAGUCUUACAAUCAAAAAUCUUUAAGCAAUAAUAGUCCAUAUAGAUAUGAAACUGAUCAUGAAAAUUUGAGCUGCUACAACAGUGCCUCUCACACAGAUAACAUUUCCACUGAUGAACACGACAGUCUAAGAGACAUCCAAGAAUCCGCAAACCACCUAAAAGAUCUUCAUAUAUCAGACAGCGGCACCGAUUUAACUGAAAUAGCAUAUGAAAACGAUUCCGAAUCAGAAUGGCACAAAUUUUGGGCCCAAAAUGGCGAAAAACUAAUUUGGCAAUCGUGGAUUGCAACAUACAGUGCUUACAUAAAUCCCACCUAUUUGAAUACUAAUAAUAGAAAAGCACCAGAGUCUAUUGGUGCUGAAAAAGACAAUCUUACACAUUUUAAUUUUGACGAAAAAUCAAUAAAAAACCCAAUAUUAACUCGAUAUUUAUCAAUUAGUGACGAAAAAGUAUGCAACGACAUUUCAGAAGGCUGGAACCCGCUUUCACCCUUAAGCUUAGAAGGUGAAAAUGAUGUCGAAAGGCUUUUAAGCUCACGCUGCGGCUCUCACACAAGCAGCAAAUCAUUGAGGACCGUUGAUUCUAUGACAAACGUAACUGAUGUAACUCGUAUGACUGUAAGCUCAUUGGACAUAGGCAGCAGUCCGAGUAGCGACAGCAUUUCUUCAGUCAGCUCAGUGACUAGUUCGGAAAACUCUGAAUCAGUCCAACAAGAAGACUAUCAAGAUUUGUGGAACGAUCUUUGGAAGAAACAUUACGAACAAGAAUAUAUUAAUCAGUAUAAUAAGUUUUGUAUUGAGAAUCGAGUCGAGAUGAGCAGUUUGGAAGCUGUCAAAUAUGGCAUUGUGCCGGUUACUAGUUCGGAGACUCUUGUCGAGGAUGAUUGUAAGUUGAACGAAGGAAAUUUGAUGGUUGAAACUGAAGUUGAUUCAGAAAGUGAUCGUGAGCAAGAAAUUCAGGAGAUGGAUGAAACAAAUGUAUGUGAACACGAAGACAAAGAUGAAGACUAUUUUUAUGCCAAAAAUGCUGACGCAGACCUUAUGGCAACUAUGGGACUUCCCACAUCAUUUGGAGGCAGCAAAAAUGACCAAAAAUUGAAUAAAACUAAUGCAGCCGAAAAAAAGCAUCAAAAUGAAAGUUUCGAUGCCAGAAAACAACAAAUAAAAGCAGCUCUGGAUCUAAUCGGAGUAAAAUAUCUUGAAACGGAUUCAAAAAUGCUAACCGGUAAAGUCGAAUACAAAAUGAGGCACAUCAGACACCAAAACAGGCGAUUGAACUUUGGCAGUUCCAAGCACAUUCAUUUCGACGAUGAUGGAAAUGCUGUAGAAGCGGCUGGUAGUUUGGUAGAAGAAGUUGUAAACGAAUACAUUGAAAAAGGUAAAGAUUCAGAUGUUGAAGCUUUGAAUGUUUGUGAAGAGAAAUCCAAAAGGAAACGGAAACGCAAAAAGAAAAUUGCUUAUCCGCCUGAAAUGAUGGCGAAUAAGAAAAUUAAAAAGUUUUGGUCUCGAAGAUUUUCGCUUUUUAGCAAAUUUGAUGAAGGGAUUAAACUAGAUGAAGAAAGUUGGUAUUCAGUUACCCCAGAAAUAAUAGCAAAACAUGCAGCCCAAAGGUGUAGUUGUGACUUGAUUGUUGAUGCAUUUUGUGGAGCUGGAGGAAACGCUAUACAAUUCGCUCAGACGUGUAAUAAAGUUAUUGCAAUUGAUAUUGAUCCGAAGAAAAUCCAAUUAGCCAAAAACAAUGCAGAAGUUUAUGGGGUAACUGACAAAAUCGAGUUUAUUAUUGGUGAUUUCUUUAAUUUGGCGCAAUCCUUGAAAGCCGAUGCAGUAUUUUUGAGUCCACCUUGGGGCGGAGUGGAUUAUAGCAAUCAAAAAGUCUACGACUUGGAAAGUAUGCUUCAGCCAGUAGGAUUUUCCACUCUAUUUGCUACCGCUGGAAAAAUUUCGAAAAAUGUCGCAGCUUUCCUACCAAAAAAUUGCAAUACGAAUACUCUCAUCGAAAUGGCUGGACCUGGAGGACUCGUUGAAAUCGAACAGGACUUUUUGAACAGUAAACAAAUAUCCAUUACAGCUUAUUAUAAUGACUUAAUAAAGGCUCAAUAA